AUGCGUACCUUUCUCCUGGUCAGCGGCCUGGCAGCGUUGGUGACUGCAGUUCCAUACCCUCAGGCAACAGAGUCUUCAAUCGCUCCCGGCGCAACUCUUAUCUCGCUCUCAGCGAUCUUACCAAGUCCAACUGCUAUUACCCCAGGUCCGACAUCGCUAGACAUUACGAUCACAGCGGUACCGACAAGUGAUCCUGACACAGAUGACGACGAAGACCCAGAGUCCAGUUCGUCGAAGAAGAAUCCUCAUUGGGAACCAAUUCCAAUUUUCACAAAGCAGUGUCAGUGUCAAUUGGCGACAGCUAGGUAUCCGUGCUGGGCUACCGAUGCACUACAGAGCUGUCACUUCGAAGAAAACUUCUCGUACGGCUGUUACAUGCAAGCUGUGGGUGGAUGUCCAACGCCAACACGCAUCUGCAGCAACCUCUUUAAACCUACACCUCGUCCUGGACCUCAUCCAUGUGAACUCGGCCCUAAUCCUCCCGUCGUAACAAGCUUUCCCACUCUCACUGGAUUGCCAACUGCAAACUUCACUUUGCCAGUCUUACCUACCGCAAAUUUGACAUUGCCAACGAUAUCUUUGUAG